AUGGGUGGUUUUGAUGGUCAACACUCCGAGUCAGUCAAUGGCCAACACAAUAGAAUUACCACAGUCAUGAAUCAAUCUUCAUCUGUUUCUUCUAUUGUUAUUCCUCUUGUUCUGUGUCAUUUGAAGAACGCAAUAGAGGAAGCCAGAGACUCAAGACGAUCACGACUCUUUUUUAUAAGCUGGUUUAAUCUUACAUUAUCAUCAAAUCAUCAGCUACUGGCCUGCCUUUUCAAGUCGACCAUUAUCGUGUUACCCAGAGCUGCCACGAGACGUGCGCAGCUCACUGUCACGACGUCUUCCACAAAGCGCCGUAAGGUUGCAGAGCCUCGCAGACCAGGAGGAGCCCUUCCGGGUUUGUCGUUUGCCUCGCAGGCUGGAAGACGUCACAGUCUGCACCCCCCUUCCGACUCGUCUUCCCUGCCACCAAACCCUCGACCAUCGUCUACGUCCGGGUCGAACCGAAGUCGAAGCCCUUCUGUGUCCCCGUCUCCUCGCUACAUUCCCGCCCAUUUGCAGGAAGAAGUGCUUGGCACCGCCGCCCGCUCCCCGACCCCGGAAUCCGCCAGUAGUGCCGCCGACUAUCCUUCGAUCGCCUGCGCAGGACUCACCCUACACAGCGACACCAUGACGGAUAUGUCUGGUUCCGACAAAAAGGAUGGCAGCGUUCCGCCUACUGGAGGUGACGUUCGGUCAUCCUCCCCCGGUAUUAAACGGUCGGCUCCUAACGCCGACCAGGAUGUGGAUAUGGAUCUAGGUUCGACGGAGAAGAGAUCUGUUUCUCUAACCCAUCACACAGACGCGAUGGAUAUAACCACAGCGGAGGGAAACUCGAACGGCAGCAGUGACAACUCUGGGUCAGACAAUGUCUAUCCCACACCAUCCAGCAUGUCGACCUUUACCGCUUCCACGGCGACCCGAAGGGAAUCCAAGGCCCAGGCCUCCAUCUCGUCUCAUGAUCUCCCUCCUAUCGACGACCAAGUCGCUCAGGUGACCUGCACCAUGGCUCAGCCGUUGAAGGAGAAACAGAAGGGAUAUCUGGUAUCCAUGUCUUGGCUAAAGCGGGUGCUCUCUCGCAGCUCGACCCACGCCGACAAGGCAGAUAAGUCGGCAGCUGAAGGAGAAAUUGGACCCGUGGAUAACUCCGACCUUGUGCUGGUCACAGACCCAGCGAUCACCGGCUUCCACGAUGAGGCCGGAGAGCCCUUUGUGCCCCUGCGUCCAGGUCUGCAGAUGGGAGAGGACUUUGAGAUAGUGCCCCAGGAAGGCUGGGAUUUGAUCAUGCGAUGGUACGGCUUGGCUAGUCAAUCGCCAGCCAUUGUUCGCUAUGCUCACAACACCGUGGAGGAAGGUGAUGCUCAAAAUAUUCAGUACGAGCUCUAUCCACCAAUCUUCACCGUUCUGAAGCUAGCAAACCCGGCCGCCGGGACCACUCCACAGAGUCUAAGAGAGAAGAAUAUGCCGCCUGCAAAGGUUUUGUCCAGCCGACACACCAACUUCCAAAAGUGGCUGAAGCAAGUGAAGGGGCUGGCCAAUGUUGACAUGUCUACCAAAGUUCGUGUAUGGAGAAUCCUAGGAGGACUGGGAAGCGCCACGGCAUCGGCUGCAAUCACCCCCGCUGCGUCACGGAGCGCUUCUCCGGCCCCUACGGCCUCCCUGGUUGCCAAUGCUGGUAACAAUCUUGUGCUUGACCUCAAUACGUUCCUCUCAUUAUCGGACGGCGCUCAACGAGAACUGGUCGAUAAUGUCAAGGAUCAAACUAAUAAUCCCAAUUUCAACGGUCGAUCUACCUUGGAUCGAGUUGGUUUGUCUACCAGUGAUGUUGUGGUGCUUGAGGAGCGCGUUGGUGGAGAGUGGGCUUCAGAAGUAUCCAAGAAGACGCUCGAUCGACUAGGUGUUCCGAGUGGCAGUGUGAAGAAUGGCGCUCCUGCCAAGCUCAAGAACAAGAGUCCUAACAACAGUGGUAGAUCAUCUCCCGCGCCAGAACCUAUUAGGGGCCGGCGUAAAGAUGGAAAGCCCAGGGGCUGCACGGGAUUGAGCAACCUCGGAAAUACCUGCUACAUGAACUCUGCUCUACAGUGUGUGCGCAGUGUGGAGGAACUCACAUACUACUUCCUGAACGAUGUGUAUAAGAAAGAUCUCAACCCCAGUAAUCCUCUCGCCCAUAAUGGUGAUAUAGCCAAGGCGUACGCAAACCUUCUUCGCAUGCUCUACGACGAAGCGGGUCAGUCGUCGUUCGCUCCCCGCCAAUUUAAACACACCAUUGGUCGUUAUGGUCCAGCAUUCUCGGGAUACGGUCAACAGGAUUCGCAGGAAUUUCUGUUGUUCCUGCUUGAUGGGCUGCAAGAAGAUUUGAACAGAAUCCAGAAGAAGCCAUAUAUCGAGAAGCCAGACUCCACAGACGAUAUGGUCCAUGAUAAGGUGGCCCUCAAAGAGUUUGCCAGUAAAUGCUGGGACAUUUACAAAGCCCGCAAUGACUCGGUCAUCACGGAUCUCUUUGCUGGCAUGUACAAGUCAACUCUUGUCUGUCCUGUCUGCGAGAAGGUUAGCAUCAUCUUCGAUCCAUUCAACAACUUGACACUCCAGCUUCCCAUCGAAAAUCUUUGGAGCAAGGAGAUCUUCUUUUUUCCUCUCCACCGCAAGCCUGUCAUCGUUGACGUGGAAAUUGAUAAAAACGCCAGCAUCAAGGCGCUCAAGGAGUUAGUAGCCAAGAAGAUGGGCUCGGAUCCCCAGCGUCUCGUCAUGGCCGAAAUCUACAAGUGCAAGUUCUAUAAGAUGUUUGACAACUCUGCGUCCAUUGCUGAUUGCCAGAUCGGCCAAGGCGAUGACAUCGCAAUCUUCGAGGUCGAGUCUGUUCCCACGAACUAUAAUCCCGACAAGCGCCAGAAGAGUUACUUUUCUUAUGGCCGUUCAGACUAUGAAGAAAUUCCAAGCUUUGAUUCACCCAAGGCAGACCGAAUGCUAGUGCCCAUCUUCAAUCGGCAUUACCGGCCAAAGUCGAAUAACAGCGGGAAUAUGCAGCGGUCACUCUUCGGCGCUCCUUUGUAUGUAAUCAUCAGCAGAGAAGAGGCUCUAAGUUACGAUGCCAUCCUCCGCAAAGUUCUUGAAGCUGUUGCCACGUUAACAACACGAGACAUUCUCAAUGAGGCGAACAUCAAGAAUGCUGACGAGCAAGGGGGAACUCAAGAGGAUUCGGAUACCGUUGUGAUGAAUGAAGACGAUGCGCAUUCUGCGGAUUCUAAAAUCAAGACCUCAUCCGUGGACGGUGAGGAUGGCUUGGUGGACGUUUCCAUGCGCGACGCUUCUGACGAGACGGAUACUCCAUCUCCUCAAGACGCCAAGUGUGACAAUGCUGUCUCGAGCCCUGGCAGCUCUAUUGCACCUGGCCUUCGGAGCCUCUUCGACAUGAAGAUUCUUAAAUCGUCCCACGAAGUUGUACCUCUCGGCUGGUCUUCAGUGGACGAUAUCAAGGACUAUCCAUUGAUGUUGGCCAGGGUCAAGGCACAGUCGGCUAGCAAACAGGAGGUAAGCAGCCGCACAGUACAUUCAUCAAAGAAGCCAAGCAGACUGACAACGGUGCAAAAUUCACAGACAAAAUCCGGUACAGUGACCGACCGAAAAACAAGCGAUGACUCGGAUCAGGAUGGAAGUGCUGGCAGUGCUUCUGACAGUGACUCUGACAUGUUCUCCAACAUUAGUCGCCCUAAGGCUGUGAAAAUUCAGAGCGGCGAGCGUCCUCUGAUUCGCCCGGGUGAAGGUAUCGUGCUAGAUUGGAACGAUCAAGCCCACGAUGCCCUAUUUGGUGGGGAUAAGAAGGACACUGACGGGCUACGUGGAACUCCUACGUGGACUAACGUGGAGCGCAUUCCUGAUCCGGAACUCGCCAAACGCCGUGAUCUUCGUCGGAGCCGGAAGAAGAGGGGCGUUACACUCUACGAAUGUCUUGACGAGUUCAACAAAGAGGAAAUUCUUUCCGAGAAUGAUGCAUGGUACUGCCCCCGCUGCAAGGAGCAUCGCAGAGCCAGCAAGAAGUUCGAAUUGUGGAAAACUCCCGACAUCCUUGUCAUGCACCUGAAGAGAUUCAGCGCCAGCAGGGGUUUCAGGGACAAGCUGGAUGUGCUGGUCGACUUCCCCGUUGAAGGGCUAGACAUGAGCGGCCGUGUGGAAUCGCCGGAAGAAGGAAAGAGCCUAAUCUAUGAUCUUUUCGCGGUUGAUAACCACUACGGUGGAUUAGGAGGCGGUCACUAUACGGCCUACGCAAAGAACUUUAUGAGUGGCCAAUGGAACGAGUACAAUGAUUCGUCUGUCUCACGACCAAUUGAUCCCCAGAGCGUGGUGACUCCCGCCGCGUAUCUAUUGUUUUACCGUCGACGUUCAGAUCGUCCGUUAGGCGGAAAGAUCUUGGAAGAAAUCACCGAGUCGUCAACUCGACCAGCCAGUGAGGACAACUCCCCGGCUGCGUCCCGCAUGCAGUCGCCUUCGGGGAACGGGCUGCGUCUCGGCGGCUCCUCCCGCAAUGGGUCGUCGAGCGCCUUAGCCGGAGUCGGAGCAGUUCACCAAGCGGGAGAUGGUGGUUUGCGAACUGGAAUCCGGGCGAGGAAUGAGGACAGUGAUGAUGAUGAAUCCCCCCCUGACUAUUCGGACAGCCCAGCCGCUGGCGAGCAGAGCCUCGCGAAAGCAAACCGACUGGAAGGUAUGAGCUUUGAUGAAGACGAGUUCGGCGAUGGAGCCUAUGCCAACCCGCUCUCCUACUCAAGCCAACCCACGUGGUCCUUCGACCGAGUCACAGAUGCUCAUGGCCUUUCACAGAUGACCACAGUGCCUCCGGGAUCGAUCUCUGAUGACGAGGAUUUGUUUGACGACGAUGCCAGCAAUAAAGCGGUGGGCGGCGGAGAUCUCAGCGACUCCGACUUGCGCCUCGCCGCAUUGACCGGUAGUCCAAUCGGUCAGGGGGUGUUCCCAGGCACGCCCAUGGAGGAGGAAGCUCCGAUUCAGGACAUCCCUCCACCACUAGACGAUGACGACGAUGAAGAUUUACCCGUGGUAGAGCUACGGGUGAAUGAUGAUGACCAGAUCGUCUCGGACUGA